UCACCAAAGAGAAAUGACACGUCAUCACUCACUGAUCAGCAUUCUUCGUUCAGGGUUCUAGUUUCUGCCUUUCUGGUAAAACCCUCUCUCCCUCCUCUCUCUCUCUCUCUCUCUCUCUCCUGCCUCUCCCCCCAUCUCUCUCCUGCUUCUCCCUCCCUUCAACUGUCUCUCCCCCUGCCUCUCUCUCUCACACACACGCACACACAAAUGAGGUGGGGAAGCAAGCAAUUGUUUUCAUUUCUUAAAUUUAACCAAAUACAAACACCAACCCAGAAUCAGCAAUCAAGAACCCUAGUUAAAGUCAGACUCAAAUGGGUAAAAAACAAAUCUCUAGACCACAUUAUUGACAUUCACACUGAUAUCAAAGCUGCUUCACUUCUCAAAGAUGCAAUCUUUCGUUCUUCUACUGGUUACUUGACUUCAAAAUCAAUUGCUGAUUGGCAAAAACUGUUUGGUUUAACUGUCCCUACUCUUCGAUUUAUUCGUCGAUAUCCUACUCUUUUCCAAGAAUUUCCUCACCCUAAAUACCCCUCUUUGCCUUGCUUUAAGCUCACCAACAUUGCCCUUAAUUUACAUAAUCAAGAACAGUUAGUGUAUCAGAAUUGUGAAAGUGAGAUUGUGGAGAGGUUGUGUAGAGUUCUUAUGAUGACUCGAGACAAGAUGGUGUCUUUUCAGUCACUUUACAAUUUGAAAUGGGAUUUGGGUUUGCCUGAUGAUUUUGACAGGAAUUUGAUUAGAAAGUAUCCGGAUUGUUUUCGGGCUGUUAAAGGGUCGAAUGGGUUGGCUUGUUUGAAGCUGUUGAAAUGGGAUGAUGAGUUUGCUGUUUCAGCCUUGCAAAUGGGGAAUGAAGAUGUUGAUUUGAGUGUUUCAGAUAAUGGGGAGACUGGGUUGAGGAAGUUUAAGAGGGGGCAAAAUGGGUUGGCGUUUCCUAUGAGUUUUCCGAGGGGUUAUGGUGGGCAAAAGAAAGUGAAGGCGUGGAUGGAUGAUUUUCAGAAGUUACCAUACAUUUCACCUUAUGAGGAUUGUAGGGGAAUUGAUCCGAAUAGUGAUCUUAUGGAGAAGAGAGUGGUUGGCGUGUUACAUGAAUUUUUGAGCUUGACUGUUUACAAGAAAACAAAGAGGAAUUACUUGAGAAGCCUAAGGGAGGAAUUGAUUCUUCCCCAUAAGUUCACUAGAAUUUUCACUAGGUAUCCGGGGAUAUUUUAUUUGUCGUUGAAAUGCAAGACCACAACAAUAGCAUUGAGGGAAGGGUACCGUCGUGGUAAAUUAGUGGACCCCAACCCACUCAGUAAGUUAAGGGAUAAAUUUUAUUAUGUAAUGAGAACUGGGUUGAUAUAUCGGAAUAAAGGUGUGGACAUGUUACCGCAGCUUGAUAGUUUGGUUGCUGAUGAUGGAGCCGUUGUCAACGAUCGGGAUGAAUCUGAGGAAGAAGAGGAUGAAGAAGUGUGCUAUACAGAUGGAAGUUCAGAGAUGGAGGCUGCGUCUUCGGAAGAAGAUUAGCUGUUUUUUAACCAAAAUUGCUUUGCUGAAAAGAAAAGGGCAGAUAUCAUCAGUCAGAGUUUCGUACGUUAACGCCCUCCACAUUUUGUUCUGAGGGAUACUUGCCAAUGCUCCCAACGCUGAUGCCGUGGCCAGGACCACAUAUAACUCCAGUGAUAUUGAUGUUCCUCGUUCCAGCCCCCAUGGAUAUGCAAUCAUCUCCAGUGCUGAUACUGGAAUUGAGAAUAUUAACGUAGUUGAUGUUUCCGGUGUGAAUUCCGUCAGUGUUUGGGCUAUCAGCUGGUGAUGUUAUUGUAAUGCUCUUGAUGGUAAUGUUCUCACAAUUUUCAAUUUUCAUGUGGAAACCUUUGCUGUUGAGUAAUGUUAUGUUGUGAACUAGUGAUUGCUUGAUCCUCGUCAACAUCAGUGACUGUAAAUUCAGAAGACAUGCAUAUUGUUCAGCAAAAAUACAGAACUUACUGGAGUAAGUGGUAAGCAUGAUACAGCAUUACUGCAAGGGUUGAAGGGCCAAGCCGAAGCUCCUUGGCCGUCGAGUGUGCCAUUUCCUCGGAUAGUCAAGCCAUCCACAUUGUCGAAAUUUAUCCAAUAAUUUGUAUUAGAUCGACCCUGGUGAGCCUGUAUUACUGCAUUUAUCAUAAAGCUCACUUGACCAUUGCAUGGCCCUGUAAACUGGAUGGUAUUUAACAGAUACGUUCCAUUCA